CGCUAUUGUUUUCAAAAAAGGCAAGUAUUCAUGGUCCUUUUGUUCUCGCCUGGUGACCAUUAUGGAGGGCGCUUCGCUGGCAUCAUGGCCCUUUGUUUACGCCUGCACCUUGGCAUGCAUAUAAAGCUAAGGUCUAUUACAUCUCAUGCCCUCCAUCCGGGUUUUGACAAUCCAGUCACUUUCACUUUCACUUUCUGAUCCUUACAGCCAGUCUACGUUUCUGUCUCCUGCUCAUAUUCGAUCUCUCAGUCUGAAUCAAAACUCAUUGGUACUGCUGAGACUAUAUCACACUCUCACGUACCCUUUUAGCGCGCUUUACUCCCGCAUCUAUCAUCGCAGGACGAUCUCUGUUAUUACCAUCUAUCCAAUCUUUCCAAUCGCUUUCUUAACUGUUAUCAUGACUGCAUCCAGCCUUUCCGUCACUCUUGCUCAGGCUAUUGCAUACCUCACACGUCCUCUUAUCCUUACGCACCCUGCUGCCACCAUCAUCAGACUUCAGCUUGUGCUUGAAGCCAACUUGACUGCACUCUUCGCCCCAACAUGGGCUCCCAAGGAACCACUCCGUGGUUCCGGCCGCCGCUGCCUCACUCUCUCCCCUACUUGCCUCCCUCCACGUGCCGUAUAUGCCGCGUGCCUUGCAUCCGGUGUCCAGUGGUUCGACUGGAUUGCGGCCUUGGGCGGACGUGAGUUCGACUUCUUUGUUGAUCCAGGUUGCAUCUCUGUCCGAUUUGGGAAGGGCACCAAGCUCAUUACCAUCUGGUCGGAAGAGCUGAUGGUUCAGGCCGUUUCUGUGGCGCACCAUACACAUUCCACCCGCGUGCCAUCCAACUACCCAAUGUCCAAGUCACUUGCCCAGCAGCUCUUGGAAAAUGACCGCACAGAAGACGAAGAACUUUUUGCCAUGAUCGCUGACGAAGUCAGUGCGCCCACUUGGAUGACCCCUGUCGUUGACCGCUUCCCUGCCCCUCCACGUUCUGAAUCACCGCUCUCUGCUAUUUCUACCGAUUCAUGCUCUAGCUAUCGCUCGUCCGACUCUGGCUCCUGUUUCUCUGCCACCACUGCCUCUACCCUGUCGUCUAACAGUGACAAACAGUCAUCCCAACUCUCCCGCCGCGAGAGGGCAAGGCAGGCUCGUGUCUUUGUUGACACCUCCAAGACUGAAGUCACCCCCUACGACGGUGGCAAGACCACUGUCCUCACCGGUGGUGUGAUGCUUGGCGCAGCAUCUUCCAAGGGCAAGAGCGGCCCGUCUGCUUCUGCUUGGCGUCGUGUAUAAACGGCUGCCUGCCUGCCUUAGUUACUCGUUGCUGACGAAGUUCUUCACGAGAUCGCACUAUCACCUAUCGAUUGUGUAACGUUUUCAGACAUGGCUUUCAUCAUUGCACUUUCAUUAGCUAUCGAUUUCCCUAUGUAGUGUUGCAUUUUAGGUACCAUAGCUUUCUUGUAAUUUUAUCGCGCUAGGCGCCCAUGUAGCAUUCUAAGCUUCAAUGGUCCUCU